UUUGUUCCUUACCCGCUCUCAGUUCAUCUCAGAAGACGACACCUGAUAGUUCCAUCAGUCACUCGUGAAACUCGACCUGUCAAGCUGUCAUCUGCUCUCGGCCGUCUAUCCAUCAUGCACACUCAUGCCGCUUUCCUAAUUGCCUUGCUUGGGGCAUUGCCCAAGGGAUUCGCCGUUCCCGCUCCCCAAAUGGGAGACUACGGUGAAAACAAGGGACCCGUGGGUGGUGUCGCCCCCCCGAUCCCAUCCGUGACUGCUCCCACCGGCAACUUGAGAGGAGACGCCGGUCUGCUCGGAGGCAAUGCUCCACGCCCUGACCCCGAUACCUCCGAUUCAGCCAUCGUCGACGAUGUUCAGCUCGUUCCUGGCCAGCAAGCAGACGGGAAACUCGGCCUCUAUCUCAACUUUGACGGUGUCGAUGCCCCCCAGCCCAUCCGCGGCAAGCUGGGAUCCCCGGACCCGGGCCCGAGAACCAAUGCCUACGAGAAGCUCAACCCCGACCUAUACGCCCCGCCGGCCACCGACAAGGGCGACGUGGAGAACGCCAUGUGGCCCCUCGGGCUCUCCCACAACCGCCUCGGCAGCGAGUCCGGCGCGGGCUGGGCCCGUCAGCAGAACACCAAGGUGCUGCCCGUCGCCACUCGCAUGGCCGGCGUCGACAUGAAGCUGCAGCCCAACGCCUACCGCGAAAUGCACUGGCACACGUCGGCCGAAUGGGCGCUCAUGCUCAAGGGGAGCUGCCGCAUUGCCGCGAUGAAUGAGGACGGCAAGAGCUUCGUCGAUGACUUGACGGCCGGGGAUGUGUGGUUCUUCCCCAAGGGCGUUCCGCAUAGCAUCCAGGCGUUCGACCAGGGUACCGAGUUCCUCCUUGUCUUUGACAACGGAGGUUUCAGCGAAGAGAACACGUUUCUCGCUUCUCAAAUGUUUCUGAGAAACCCUCUGUCGGUCCUUUCGAAGAACAUGAAGGUGGAUGUCUCUGCGUUUGACAACAUUCCUCAAGACCAGCGAUACAUCUUCAACGGCACGCCCCCGCCCAAGGACAUCCAGGAACAAAACCAAACCUCGUCAGCCGGGUCUCUCGUCGGCGCCGAGUCCUACACCUACCACUGGUCGCAGCAGCAGCCCCUCCAGGUCCCCGGCGGCUCCGUCAAGAUCCUCGACCCGCAGACGUUCCCCAUCGCGAGCAACUUCGCCGCGGCCCUCGUCGUCGUGCAGCCCGGCGCGAUGCGCGAGAUCCACUGGCACACGACGAGCGACGAGUGGAACUACUUCCUCCAGGGCUCCGGGCGCAUGACCAUCUUUGAGGCGCCCGAGGCGUCCCGCACCUUUGACUUCACGGCCGGCGACGUCGGCUACAUCAAGGUCGGCGACAGCCACUACAUCGAGAACACGGGUACCGAGGACGUCGUCUUCCUCGAGGUCCUCCAGGCGCCCAAGUUCUCCGACAUCAGCGCCGCGCAGUGGUUGGCCCUCACUCCCAAGCAGGUCGUCAAGGAUACUCUGAACCUCUCGGACGAGGUCAUUGCUGCGCUGCCUCGCGAGAAGGAGUACAUCAAGCCCGGAAACCCCAACAUGACGGCGUUGGCGGACGGUGGGAAAAGCGUUAAGAGAAGUUUCAAGGCUUAGAGUAUUGAGUUUCGGCCUCAAACUUUUCCAGGUAUAAGAAGUACAUAGAAGCCUGUCUAGGACCUUAUGUUCCGCAGUGCGGGUCUAGGACCUUAUGUUCCGCAAUGCGGUGUAGAUAAUAAUAUAUAUAAAACUGUUGGAACAA